UAAUGUCCUACCCUGGAGCCUCGUACGACUACGGAGUCCAACAGAGUCAAUGCGGGGGGAAUGGCGAACAUCCACCUUCUAAUUAUGAAUUCGAAGGACCAGCAUUAGCAAAUUAUGGUGAAAACACUGGUUAUCCUAUGUAUUCAGACUAUCAGAUGCUAGAUCAACAAAUUUAUGCACAUGGACCGAAUGUUCAUACUGAUGCUCCAUCAAUGUAUGAACUAGAGAAUCCAUAUACAGAUCAACAGUAUUAUGAACCUGUAACUGUUGGUCCACCAAUGUAA